CGGAGGAGGUGCUAUCGUAACGCAAUGAGUGAAGGAGUAAAGGAGCUGGGGCUGUUUUGAGGAGUAAAAAGUUGUUCUUUUUAAUAUCCUGUCGGCUGGCUCUUGGGGGGGGGGUUUGUGUUAACGCGGAGUUACAGAAAGUUUGGGAGAAAUGUAGGCUACUUUUUUAGGUCGCUUGUGUCGUUUGCUUCACGAUGGAGGAACCUGCGACAAGGCAAUUUGAGAUGUCCCUGUCAGACGGUGCCUCGGACGACGAUUUACCCUUAACGUUACCCACAGAGGGCAGCCAGAGUGGGAGCAUCCGGAAGGGAUGUGAUCCUUUUGCCCAGACUCAGCGCAGUAAACUGCAGCACCGGCGAGCUCGCAUCAACCAGCAGAUCAACAAGGAGAUGCGCAUGAGAGCCGGAGCGGAGAACCUGUUCAGGGCAACAAGCAACAACAAGGUGAAGGAGACGGUGGCUCUGGAGCUCAGCUUUGUCAACUCCAACCUGCAGCUGCUCAAAGAGGAGCUGGAGGAGCUCAAUAGCAACAUGGAGGUCUACCAGACAGACAGCGAGGCUGUUAACGUUCCCAUGAUCCCGCUCGGAUUAAAAGAAACCAAAGAGGUGGACUUCACAGUUUCUAUCCAGGACUUCAUCUGUGAGCACUACGGAGAGGACAGCUCUCUCUACGACAAGGAGAUCAAGGAGCUUAUGGAGCUCAGACAGGCCAUGCGUACACCCAGUCGUAACCAGGCCGGUCUGGAGCUACUGAUGGAGUACUACAACCAGAUGUACUACCUGGACCAGCGCUUCUUCCCCCUACACAGGAACCUGGGCGUACACUUCCACUGGUAUGACUCUCUGACAGGCGUCCCGUCGUGUCAGCGUACGUUGGCCUUUGAGAAAGGAAGUGUGUUGUUCAACAUUGGUGCUCUGUACACGCAGAUCGGAGCACGACAGGACCGCUCUGCAACGGCUGGCAUAGACAAAGCUAUAGAUGCCUUUCAGAGAGCCGCAGGUGCGUUUAAUUACCUUAAGGAGAAUUUCUCCAAUGCUCCGAGUCUGGAUAUGAGUAAUCCGUCGCUAUGCAUGCUGGUACGACUGAUGGUUGCCCAGGUGCAGGAGUGUGUUUUUGAACGUGUUACACUCACCACACAGGACACACACUUCACUUCCCAACUGCGCCUGGCACAAGAGGCUGCACGGGUGUCAGACGUCUACUUGUUAGUGCAGCAGACCAUGACGCAACCUCUGAUGAAGGACUACGUGCCGUUUUCUUGGGCAUCCAUGGUUCAGGUCAAAUCUGAACACUUCCGCGCGCUCUCACACUACUACGCUGCUGUGGCACUCUGUGACCACACGUUGUCUGCUGAGGAUGAGGAGGGUGAUGAGGAAGCAGAGAAGGCUUUCCUCCAAUUCUACAUCAACGUCCCUGCAGGACCGCCGCUCAGCCAGAUUUUACGAGACCCUGAAAAAAGAAGAAAACUUGGUAAAGCUCACCUGAGGCGUGCAGUAAUCAGACAUGAGGAGGCCAUGCGCGUCCACAGUCUGUGUAAGAUCCUGAGGAAGAUGGACAUCCUGCAGGACGUGCUGUCUCUCACACACAAACGCUCUCUGGACAAGUACUCCGAGCUGGACAGAGAGGACGACUUUGAUGAAACCGCAGAGGCUCCAGAGAUACAGUCUCAAACCCAUCAGAAACCAGACAUCACUCCACCCAACUUCUCCACAGUGCAAGUUACUGAUAUCUUCCAAAGACUGGGGCCUCUGUCAGUGUUCUGUGCACGGGCUCGCUGGGGUCCGAUACGUGUGAUCUGCCUGCAGAGAGGAGAGGGUGGACUGGGUCUCACGCUCAGAGGAGACUCCCCCGUCCUGGUGGCUGGAGUGGUGCCUGGAGGCUGCGCGGCGGAGGCGGGACUAAGGGAGGGAGACUACAUAGUGGCAGUGGACGGACAGGACUGUAAAUGGGCCAAACAUGGCGAGGUGGUGCACAUGCUGAAGAGCUGUAGUGACAGAGGAGUGGAGCUCAGUGUGGUCACAUUACACUCACAUGAUAUACAGCAGGUGGAGAGGAGGGCCAUCAUGCUGUCCCACAGCAGCGAUAAAGAAAACACUCGACAGCGUCUGCUGAGUGGCGCCAAGGGCCAGAGCUCCGCCUCCUUGUUGAACUGGAACAGGAAGAAGAAGAGGGAUGGCAGCGGGGUCACAAAGAGACUAGGAAGCACUUUCAGUCUGUCGUUUGGAAGCAUCCGAGACAACGAGGCCAUGUACUGAGACAGGACUGCAGAGGAACCACUCAGGGAAUCACAGCAGUGGAGCACACGGUACAACCAGGACAGUAACACCAGCAGGGGGCGCUGCUGCAAAGAGCUCUGACAAAAAGCACAAGUUCAGUCCAGUGAUGUACGACAGCACAGUCCAAUGUAUCCAAGAACUUUGUUGGUCAAUCAAAUACGUGGAAGCACACAUACCAGGUAGAACACCUUGUAGCAUGUAGCUUGUUGCUAAUUUUUACAUUUCAAAAGUGAAGAUGGAGGAUGUUUCCAUUGCUGCCAUGCCACCAUUUCAGAGUUGAACAGUCCUGCCUCAGAGGAGCGCGCCGUACUGCGCCGCCUCAGAGUCUAAAGCUGUGUUGAGCCAGAAGGUAAUUGCACAAAAGACUUAAUGGAAAGAUGUGAGUAUGUGUGAAUUAGGAAUGGGUAUUUUCAAGACAUACAGAGUACUCAGAUUAAAAGAAAUAAAUUAUCCUUAAAAGCAAAAAAGGAUAGUAUCCACUAUAAAUGUGGGUGGGGUUAUGGUUUUCCUACCUCUCUGCGAUACACAGACCUUACAGAUUCGCCCCAUUGGUAGCUUGUUCUCUGGCUCAACAAACACCAGCAGCCCGCAGAAGCUUUCUCCUUCCACAAAGGUUGUCCGGAGCAUAUCUCCAGUCACCAUCUCCGUGAUGACGUGGCUGAUCUUCUCUGCGCUGGUGGCGUCACAGCGGCACCGCUGUGUUCUCUUUGUGCUUAAUAGUUAAUCCUCAAACCAGCUGUUCUGUAAUACGCAAGUUUAAUGUUACAUAGCUUGCACUGCAUGUCCAUGUGGUUUAUUUGUUUAUGAAUACUUCCAAACAUCACUCUUCUGCCUGGUCGCCAUUCUGCCUGUUGUAUUAGAGUGAUGUGUGACUGAAAACGUUGGACUUUAUUAUGAGGCUGCUCAUUUUAUCGAUAGAAACAUACAAAUACUCUCGUGUUGACCGAAUGCUGACCUCCACUUCAUGCCCAUCUCCAGCAUGAGUAGAUGUAAUUUCCUGGAGUGGCGCGAACUGAGGCUAAGACACGUUCACGCAAGUUGUUUGAACUUGUCGUCUUUGGUAUAUUCUAUGGUAUAUAUUAUUAUUCUAUUAUUGUACCAGCAUUCAUUAACAGUGAGCAGUUUGUUUCUGGUUGGCUCUUUCUGAGACAAGACAGCGUUACGUUUACAGACUGCCGUGCUGUUGCUGCUGCUUUGCGCUGUACAAUGAAGCAGACAACAAAAGGGGGCAGAAUGCAGAAGUUAAAAUGACUUGAAUCAUUGACUUUACAGGGGCAGCCUUAGAAUAAACAGGAAGAACCAGAGUUUCUGGUGAGUUCUGAGUUUAGUCUGAGCUGCCACACAAACACGUCCGUUUCUAGUUAGGUAACAGCUAAUGUCUGUACAGUUGGCACGCUGUUUGGGUCAAACGGCCCAACAGUCAAAUUUGUGUGAAUGAGGCGAAGCAAAGAUUUGUGUCGCUUUCUGUUUGAACACACCUUAAGUCUUAAAACUGGACUCCCCAAUUCUUCUUACCAACAAUAUGUAGCAACAUACCCACAACAACACAGCCCCCAGUUCAUUGAUCCAACACUGGUUUUUAAGUUACCGGUAAAUGUGCGAUACAUUCGGAUGAAAACACAGCUACUGGGUGGAGCUUCUGUUCUGUGUAAGACCACCGACACUGGAUAACACCACCCAUCUGAAGGAUAGAGCAGAGUUAACAAGCACCAUAUUUCUUGUGUCUUAUAUUUUCCUUACGUGGUCUGUAACAGUCGCCUGUUUAACCACUGAAGUGCUCCUGAAACCAUCUGAAACUUUUGGGUGGAUUUGAUUAAGUUCAUCCACUGAUACAUUGUACUUCACUUAUUAGUAUGAGGUUGGAUUCCUCGUCACGUCAGUGUUCUUUGUCUUUAGUUUUGUCAUUUUUAGAUGAUUAAAAGCACUUCAGAGGUUUUGUAGUUUGGGUAUUUUUAACGCACUGUGAAUAUUGGAAAUCUGUUAAUAAUGUAGAUGUGACCUGAUGUUUCAAUAAUGAACACUCACAUUGAGAGGUUGUGUGUAUUUGAAAUGAAAUGUGAGUGUUGUUUUGUCUUAUACCUGUUGUAUUGUUGAGUCCAGCCACUGUACUGUAUGUUACAGUCAGCCAACGUUAGAUAGAAGAUAGAAAAUGUUUCCUUUAAUUAACAUUGUUUGAACCUUUUUGUAAGAUUUUGAUACAACUAGAAUUGUGAGAAUUGUAGCUUAUUAUUGUUUGGUCCAGCUAAAAUAAUGCUGUGUGUUUUUAUCUGUACGUUGUUUGUGCCAUGGUGGUCCAUAGUCAAGAGAACGGAAAGCCAGAGGGGACAAACACAAUUAUUUAUAAUGGUUUUGUUUUCACAUGACUGCAACAUAAUUGUUCUGCGAUGUGUUUUUAUUUUGGUUUCAGUUUCAUGCCACGAUUGCAAAACAGUGAGCUUUUUAUCCUCAAUCAUGAAAUUAAUUUCUGAUUUCAAGGAACAGAAAAACUGGUCAGAUCUUUCCUAAUGCCCUCUUCAGCUCUUGUGUGUGUGUGUGUGUGUGUGUGUGUGUGUGUGUGUGUGUGUGUGUGUGUGUGUGUGUGUGUGUGUGUGUGUGUGUGUGUGUGUGUGUGUGUGUGUGUGUAAAUAAAUGUUAAGAGGAAGACUUUCUUUCUUUGUGUUGACUGAAUAUCUGACCAUCCCUUAAUGACUGCGUUUGGGGAUUUGCACAGUAUUUUUUUUCAUGUAUGAAUACAAUAAAAGUGAAUGAACUAUAA